AUGAUUUCUUCUGCUAGGAUAAGGACGGGAACCUUAUUAAGAGGAACUGGGAUCAGAACUAUUCACCAAUCAUCAAGAAUACUUGUCAAUGACGAGAAGAUAGAAGCUCCCAAUAAGAUGGCUACGGAGUCAACCCUUCCUCAUAUCAAGCAAGACUUGAACAUUAACCCGAAACAAGCCAAAGCAAAACGACCAUUCUUAUCAGAACACAAGAUUGAAAAUGACCCCAACUAUGAAAUGCCUGGAAUAUUGCAAUCCAUUGGUCAAACGGUGAUUAAAGCUUUUAAUAUUGAUAUGGAUAGAUCUCGUGCUGGACCAGUUGCUGGAUCAUAUUAUUUUGGUGAAUGUAAACGUCAAGGGAUGUAUUAUCCCAAUGAAGAGUUGAGUGAAACCGCCGCAUUCUUUUAUAAGACGUUGAACUUGCCUCAAUCUUUUAGUCAAUGGUUCCAAAUCACCAUUUUACAUUAUUGGAUUUUAAAUGUUAGAAUGAGAGCCAUGCCCUUCAAAUACGGUAGAAACUAUCAACAAAAGUUGGUUGAUCGUAUUUUCCGUGAUAUGGAGUUAAGAAUGGCUGAAGAGUUAAAGAUCAACAGUAAUAGGCUUAUUGAAAACUACUUAAAGGAAUAUCAUCAACAAAUGUUGGGUUCUGUUUUGAGUUAUGACGAAGGAUUGAUGACUGACGACAUCACUUUUGCCAGCGCUUUAUGGAGAAACAUCUUCAAUGGGAACCCCAACAUCGACAUGAGACACGUGGAAGCCUUGUUGGGUUAUGUUAGACAACAAUUGUAUGUUUUGGAUAAGAUGUCUGACCGUGAGUUUGGGUUUGGAAACUUUAAGUUUGUUUCGCCCAAUCAGGUUGUGAAGCCCAUUUCCAAGGCACAAGAAGAAGUUUUGAGAGAGAGAGCCAAGAAGGAGUUUGAAAUUAAAACUUCUCCAAGUCAACGGAGUGUGUUGUCUUUAGACGAGUAA